AUGCAAUGGAACGGGUGUGGGCGGGGGCAACCGUAUGCUAAAAGAACAAAGAAGGUUGGUAUUACCGGUAAGUACGGUGUCCGUUAUGGUUCCUCCUUGAGAAGACAAGUCAAGAAGUUGGAGGUUCAACAACAUGCUAGAUACGACUGUUCUUUCUGCGGUAAAAAGUCCGUCAAGAGAGGUGCCGCUGGUAUCUGGAACUGUUCCUCGUGCAAGAAGACUGUUGCUGGCGGUGCUUACACUGUCUCAACCGCUGCCGCCGCCACGGUCAGAUCCACCAUCAGAAGAUUGAGGGAAAUGGCUGAGGCUUAA